AGUGGUCUAAGGGACCGGAAGUCAGUGCUCUUCUUCCGGGUCUUUCUCGAAUCGCGAACCCUUUUUCACGAUCUCGAAGAUCGUGUCUCUUUCAACGAAGGGCAUCUUCGAUCGCCCUCGAGCAUCUUCAGUGCGGAUCAUGAAGAUCAGAUGUUCACCACGAUUAUGGCUGUGUAAUCUUAAAGAGAUAUCUUUGCUUCGGAAAACGCAACGUAUCGAGAAACGCAACAUCAAGAAUAAUUCCUCAACAAAGAUAAGAUGAUCAAGAACGAAGGAUUUUGCAAAUAAAUCCCCGCAAGCCAUGAUCAUCGUUCUCCAAUAUCCUUGCACCAUCGUCGAUUUGUUUCAUCGGACAACGAAUUUGUUAUUGAAUCAAAAUUUUAAGAAGAAUCAGCGGCGAAUGAUGGCCUAUAUUGCAAUGUCGAGUCUCACAGGAUCACAUGAUAAGGGAAUCGCGCGAUAAAGAGGACAGUGCGUCAUUUCAAGUGUCAACGGGAUACAUUCGAAACUAAGGAACACAUACUCGGUGAAUUUGUGGCUCGAUUCGUCUUCGCGGUCGAACAUUGGUGAUCUUGCAAACGUUGCCGUCGCGAUUUUAUUAUUUCCGACGAACAUCAGUGCGCAGAGCGGACAAAGAAAAUCUAAUUGGUGACUGAUUCGAGGGUGCAAUCAGAGGUGCGGAGGGGAUGGAGAUGCGCCCCGUUCUCGUGGCGAUCUGCCUUCUUCUCGUCACCCCCAUCACUGGCUCUUUCUGGACCGUAGGAAGCCAGCUGGUGAUGGAUCCAAUGCUCGUCUGUAAGAAAACGAGACGGCUGAAGGGGAAGCUUGCUGACAUUUGUCGUAAGGAGCCAUCUCUGCUGAAAGAAAUCGCGAAAGGUGUUCAAGUAGGUACUAGGGAAUGCCAGCAUCAAUUCCGAAAUCGAAGGUGGAAUUGUACGACCGUCAGGAGAUCUCUUAAGAAGAUCCUACUUCGCGAUACGCGGGAGACGGGUUUCGUGAACGCCAUCACUGCCGCUGGAGUUACUUAUGCGGUUACCAGAGCCUGCACUAUGGGUGACCUCGUGGAAUGCUCCUGCGAUAAGAUGACGUCGAAGGGUAAUCGUCUGGCUAAAUUUGCGCGUACGGUCGAAGCGAAGAAAAGUUUGCCGACAGAAGGAGACUGGGAAUGGGGAGGGUGCGGUGAUAAUGUAAACUUCGGCUUUAAAAAGUCUCGGGAAUUCAUGGAUGCACCGUAUCGUAAAAGAAGUGAUAUUAAAACGUUGGUGAAGCUUCAUAACAAUGACGCUGGUCGUCUGGCCGUUCGCAACUUCAUGAGGACCGAAUGCAAGUGCCACGGAUUGUCCGGCUCCUGCACGGUGCGCACUUGUUGGCGUAAGAUGCCGCCAUUUCGGGAGGUCGGCAACCGCCUUAAGGAGUCCUUCGACGGCGCGGCCAAAGUCAUUCCCAGCAACGACGGCCACAACUUCAUCACCGAGGGUCCUACGAUCAAGCCGCCCGGUAGAUUCGACCUGAUCUACAGCGAGGACUCGCCGGACUUUUGCAAACCGAAUCGAAAAACCGGCUCCCUAGGGACGACAGGUCGUCAGUGUAACGCGACCAGUCCCGGGGUCGAGGGCUGUGAGCUCCUCUGCUGCGGCAGAGGCUACGACACUAGAAUCGUCAAGGAGAAGGUCAACUGUCAGUGUAGGUUCCGGUGGUGUUGCGAGGUCACGUGCAAUAUGUGUCUCGUCAAGAAGACCAUCAACACUUGCCGCUAGUGUCGACGUAAGUGAAUAAAAACUUGUACCGUAUAUAUGACAGUGUCGAGAAUUGAGUUGGUGCGAUAGCUUGUCUUGCAUGUGUUAGCGGUUUGGAGGGGGAGAUAAUAGAGGAAUGAUUUAUAUUCUUUGCGUAAAUCCCAUACCGUGUGCCAUAAGACCGGAAGACUAUAAUUGAAGAGUUUUGUGAAGCUUCGAGAUUUCUGCCGCAGGACUUAAAACGCAUUCUUACUUAAUAAUGAACUAGACAUACAAUCAAGUUUUAGCUUUUCUGUUUUUUAUUAGCGAAUAUUAGCCUAUAUUAAUAUGAAUUGUGUUUCUGAAAUUAUUCAACGAUUAUUCAGUCCGUUUGAUUGGAACUUCUCGACUUCUAUCGUUGCUAUCACCAUCGACGGUUGAUCCAACUCUUGAUUCUUUUCUCUCGAUACGAUCGUGAUAACGCAUUACGUAAUAGCAUUUGUAAUAUAUCUGUUUCUAGAAUACGUGAUCUUUGAGCGUGAAUAUUCAUUAAAGAAUGUUCAGAUGAUAUGUGAUUUACAAUUUAUCGUGACUACACAGGUCUGGAUUAAAUCUAGGUUAGCGAGAGAGCAUCUCUCUCUCUACAUACUUAUGUAGCAUCUCUAAAAAGAUUAUCUCGACGUAUAAACGCGAGAAUCGAGAUUGAGGACAUCAGUAGUGCAUGUGCGAGCCAAGUCAGACGUCAGUCGCGAAUGCAGCUAGCCGCGAAAUAGUACAUAUUUUUAUUUGUAUACCUAUAAAUUGCCGAUGGUUGCAAAGUUAGAUAUUUCAUAUGCAAAAUAUGUAUUUUGACACAGAGCUUGGCCAUUAUCAACGCUGGUAGUAUAGAUUUUAUAUGUGAAGAUUUUUAGAUUGUUAUAAUUAGAGCUGUUUCUAGAUUUUUAUUGUCUUCUAGGCUUUUGUUAUGUGCGAUAUGAGACUGCUCCUUUAGUUAGUAAUAAGAUAAUAAGAAUGAUAAUUUACGAUAACAUAUAAAAAUGUUUUUUCUAAACUUAGCAAUAAUGAAAAGUCGUCUAAAUAAUCUUUGAGAUUUAAUAACAAGAAAAAUGUAAUAAUAUAAAUGUGUUUAUGGAAUUUUUUGAAUAUUUGACAUAAAAUGCAUCUGACAAAGCCUAGUGAAUUUUCUGCUUCGUAAAAUCGAUAUAUAGUUGUUAUUAGCAUCGCUAACGCUGCGCGAGGCGAUCAUGUUUCAUUCGAGCUUUCCACGUAUCUCCAGUGCUCGUAAUACAUAUUAAGAUACACAUAAGAUAUAGUAAAAUGAAUUUAUAUAAAAUAUAUUCGUCAAAGAACAUCGUAAUACGCCGGGAUUCGUAUAGCAAUGCUCGGUGAAUCGCUUUUCUUCUUGUAUUUUCGCGACCUCGAGCGAAGUUCCGAUGAAUUUGAUAUGAAUGUCAUCGGAAAUAUUUUAAUGUUACAAUGUUUAUUUUGACGUUGGAUCGAAUUUUUAUGCGAACUUUUCUAUCGAUUUGAAAGGAAAUCCGGGACUUCGCUUUCGUUUUUCGCGCGUGUAUAUAAUUAUACUGCUUUUUCUUCGCGUGACAUUAGCUUUGUGCCAUACGUUACGAUUCGAUCGAUAUUUUCCAUGUGUCUAUCGAAAACGAGAUGCACGCAAGAUUCUUUCGUUUUUUCAAAUAAUUUUAUCGAUUUUUAAAACUCGUUACAGAGCUUACUUUUAUCAUUUGUAUAUAUAAGACUGAUAUAUUAAAAUUUUAUAUUAAAAUAUAUAUUAAAACGGUUUUACGCAAUCUAUGUUAGGUACGGAUAAAAUUAUACUCACAGACGAAUCUCCUUUGUUAUUAUUAAGAUUUAUCAAUUUAUCAGCAGUGACGAUUUAUCCUAGGAUGAAUAUACAAAAGGAAAAAAUAUAUGAACAAUUAUACUUCAAAUUCC